ACUUCGACUUUUCCGGGUUUUCUAACAAUUAGCAUAGUCUUAAAACCUUAAUAACUGCCAGAGAAAACCACGUCCACACGAAGACGUUUUUUUUUAAUGAAUAAAAAUGGCGUCUCUUGAUUCGGGAGUUUCGUGUUUUGAUUGAAACGCAGUGGAGUGAAUUUAACCCUGACGUUAGUUACCUGAGGGCUCAGCUGUUCGCUCCUCAGCGACCGGACAGAUGCCACAAGACACACUCAAAAACAAGAGGCAGUCUUCCUUGGUGGAUUACCUGUGUGUUUUAUAAUACAAGCAGAAGGACAACUUGACUUUCAGGGCGACCAACUGUAACACCAUUUGUUUAUCUGCAAUCACCUCAAAUCAGCUUUGACUUCACCCUCUUUCUACAGCCUCUUUGCCCGAUCUUUGGAGCAACAAUCCUCCUCACCAUGUCCAACCAGCCCAUGGAAAAAAACACACACGAAGGGGACUACACGUCCCUGAUGAGAGGCUUGAGGGAGCUGGACCUCCGUGGCCCCUGUGUUCCCAGUGAGCUGGUGCUGACUGGAGACCACGCUUUUCCUUUAGCGAUGAACAGCAAAGGCCAGGUCCUGAUGGCGGCGUCACUGUACGGCCGCGGGAGGGUGGUGGUCCUGGGUCACGAGGGCUACCUGACGGCCUGUCCCGCUCUGGUGGAGAACGCCGUGACCUGGCUGAGAGGGGAUGGGUCCGACAACGUGUCCGUGGGGAUCCACAGGCAGGUCAGCCGAGUCGCUGAUAACCUCAGUAAAUCCAGCUUCCAAGUCGCAGUCGUCGGGGCCUUCGCCGAGAACCGGCAGGUCGGCGUGUACGUGACGGACGCCUACAGCGUCGAAGCGGAGGCGAAGGAGCUGGUGGCUUUUCUGAAAGCCGGAGGAGGAGUGCUGAUAGCGGGGCAAGCGUGGCACUGGGCUGAGGCGCACCCCGGGGAGAACCCGCUGCUCCAGUUUGAAGGGAAUAAGGUGUGUGGCGUGGCAGGGAUCUACUUCUCGCACCGUGGCGGCGAAGCAGAGUGCCUGCCCGUCUACCCACAGAUCCCGGCCUCCUGGAUGGCUGUAGUAAUGGGAAAGGAUUUUGAGGACGACUUGGAGUUCUUACUCGAGGGGGUUUCAGACUUCGACAUCCAAGGCAUUACGGCCUCGGAGAUUCUGGUCCACGGCCCGCUAGCCUUCCCCAUCGGGACCACGGAGAAUGGACAAGCGUUCCUGGCCGGAAGCUACUACGGGCAGGGACGGGUCAUUGUGGUCACACAUGAAGGCACCCUGGGACGAGAGACAUUGGCUCCAUUCUGGAAAAACGCCCUUCAUUGGCUGGACGAAGGUCGGCAGGGGGUCGUUGGCGUCAUGCCAGAUGUCCCCGUCGACGUCCUCGCCAAGUCAGGGUUGCGGUGCGAGAACACCCCCUUCAGAGACGACCUGAGCGUGUUUGUGUGCAAAGCGUACGGCGAUGACCACAGGGAGAAAAUCCAAAACUUUGUGGCCGAGGGAGGAGGCCUGCUGGUCGGGGGACACGCCUGGUGGUGGGCACAGUCUCGCCACGGACAAAACGAAGUGAAGGAUUUCCCAGGGAACAAGAUCCUGAACGUGAUGGGCUUGACCGUGCUGGGAAAAACCGUCAAUAGUGGUUUGCACAAGGCCCCCCUGCCGAGCCAGGCCAUCAAAGAGUCCUACCACUUCCGCCACCUCCUGCGGCGCUUCGCCGGCCACGUGUCUCACGGCGGGGAGCUCAGCAGGAAAGAGGAGGAGAGCCUCCAGAGGCUGGGCUCGGACUGCGUCACCUACCUGCGCUUGAAAGCUCACGACUGCCCCUCCUACAAACAGGUGCUGGCCACCCUCACGGAGAUCAUGAAGAACUCGAGCAUGCCUCAGGCGUGUGAGAGCAGCCCCGUGAACAGUCCCAAAGACAACCUCCUCCUCAGUGUGGGCACAGAGGUGUACAAGGCCUGCCCGGAUCCCGAUGCCCUGCUGCCCUACCUCAUCAGGGACAACCCCUUGAUGCCCGUGGUCUACAACCACAGAGUCAAGAUCAACGUCAACGCGACAGCAGGACACGAGUGGAUCAGUACAGGGCUCUACCUCUCACCCGGCAUGAAGACCUACGUUGCCAUGCCAACAGAGAUUGUCAACAAAGAUUGGAAGAUCCAAAUCGGCUGCCAGACGGACCGUCUGCCGGAAGGAGUACUGAAGAGAGCGCCGUGUGUUCACGAGUACUUCCCCGUCACCUCGGAGAUGAUGCAGGUGUGGAACCUGUGGGGGGGGCUGAUUUACCUGGUGGCGCCACCCAAAGCGAAGGUGGAGGGGUUAGAAGUCGUCGUGCAGAUGGCCGUACCUGCGCCUUACUAUAAAUCCGGCGUGACCACACCUGCCGAAUGGUCGCUGCUGCGCACCGCCCCCUCGCCUUGGGCAGAGCUGGAGUUCGAAAACAUCAUCCUCACGGUGCCUUCGGAGGUCGUCCGGAGCCUGGACCGCCCCGAUGAGUUGGCGGCCCUCUGGGAUGAGAUCAUGAGGGCCAUCGCUGACCUGGCGGCCAUACCACACAAAUUCCCUCGCAAGGAACGCUUUGUGGCAGAUGUGCAGAUCUCCCAUGGUUGGAUGCAUGCCGGUUACCCCAUCAUGGCGCACCAGGCCUCUGCAAAAGAGCUGGUCGACGCUAACCACAUGAGGACCAAUGGCAUGUGGGGCCCCAUCCACGAACUGGGGCACAACCAACAGAGAGGCUGCUGGGAGUUUGCUCCAAACACCACGGAGUGCACGUGUAACCUGUGGUCGGUGUACGUGCACGAGGAGGUGCUGGGGAUCAACAGGGAAAAGGCUCAUCCGGCUAUGAAUUUGAAUGACCAGAAAAAACGAGCGGCGGACCACGUGGCGGGGGGCAGGCAACUCGGCAACUGGUCGAUGUGGGUGGCCCUGGGCACGUACAUGCAGCUCCAGGAAAAGUUUGGCUGGGAGGCCUUCAAGAAGGUGUUUGCUGCCUACCACCAGAUGACCGCCUUCCCUCAGGACAACGAUGGAAAGAUGAACCUGUACGCCGAGACCUUCUCCCAGGCUGUGGGGAUGAACCUGUCUGCGUUCUUCAAGGCCUGGGGCUGGCCCAUACAAGCAGCCACUGAGGAGAAACUCUCCACGCUGCCCCCAUGGAGUGACCACGCCAUGGUCCAGUAUGGCUGAGCUCCUGCUGAUUCUAAACGCAGAUCAAUGACGGCCAAAGUUAUCGCAUUCGAUAUUUAGUGGGUUAGCUCUUUUCUUCUUCCCUUGUUGUGUGUGUUACAUAUUUAUUUGGAUAUUUGAACAAAAAGAAAUGCACACAAGUUAUAAUGAAUGAGUUAUAGGGAGCAAUAUACAACAUUCAGAGGCCCCAACGAACACCGUGGAAAUGUAACACCGACCUUACACACAUUCUUUAAUGCUUCUAUUGUUCUACUUAUUAUUCUGAGUAUAGUCAGGCUUUAUAAGAUCACCUGAUUGCCUUUAAUGUGACACUAAUAAACAUUUAAUGCAACCCUC